AGCAGCAGAUAGCGUGUUUAUUUUUGUUCCACAUUUGAUGGCACCCAUUUGCCAAUGCGAAACAAAAAACAAAAGGAAAGUAAAAAAGUAAAAGAAAAAUAGAAAAGAAAUUAGUGGUGGUAUACGGUAUAUAUAAAAGCAUCUCUCUCUCUCCCAAUUUGAACCAAAUACGAGAAAUUAGUUUACACAUGACAUGACAUGACACUCUCUCUGAUCUGACACAUAGGAAACCUGAAACGAAUGAAAACCACAACCCCCAUCCAAUAUCUAUGAUCCAUUGAUAGAGGGGAAAGUGAAUCCAGAAGCCAUAUUUGUGUUGUAAGGAAAAAGUUAAGUUAGAAAGAAAGCAAAGCAGAGGCCAUCAAUGGCCGACGUGGUAGCGAAGAGCAGCCUGAUGAGCCCGAGCAAGAAGGAGGCGAACAACCUCUUAGGGCGAUUCGAGAUUGGGAAGCUGCUGGGGCAUGGAACCUUCGCGAAGGUGUACUACGCGCGGAACCUGAAAACGGGGGAGGGCGUGGCCAUCAAGGUAAUCGACAAGGAGAAGAUUCUGAAAGGAGGGUUGGUGGCCCACAUAAAGCGCGAGAUCUCCAUUCUCCGGCGCGUGCGCCACCCCAACAUCGUGCAACUGUUCGAGGUCAUGGCCACCAAGAGCAAGAUCUAUUUCGUGAUGGAAUACGUCCGCGGCGGCGAGCUUUUCAACAAGGUCGCCAAGGGAAGGCUCAAAGAAGAGGUUGCCAGGAAAUACUUUCAGCAAUUGAUCUCCGCCGUCGGAUUCUGCCACGCCCGUGGGGUCUUCCACAGGGAUCUCAAACCCGAGAAUCUCCUCCUCGACGAGAACGGUAACCUUAAGGUCUCCGAUUUCGGCUUGAGCGCGGUUUCCGAUCAAAUCCGACAGGACGGUCUCUUCCACACUUUUUGUGGGACCCCCGCGUAUGUCGCUCCCGAGGUUUUGGCCCGGAAAGGCUACGACGGCGCCAAGGUUGAUCUUUGGUCGUGUGGGGUUGUCCUGUUCGUUUUAAUGGCUGGCUAUUUGCCUUUCCACGACCAGAAUGUUAUGGCCAUGUAUAAAAAGAUUUACAGAGGCGAGUUUCGUUGCCCGAGGUGGUUUUCUCCUGAUUUGUCAAGGCUUCUCACGAGGCUUCUUGACACCAAGCCCGAGACUCGAAUUGCCAUUCCUGAGAUCAUGGAGAACAAGUGGUUCAAGAAAGGCUUCAAGCAAAUCAAGUUUUAUGUCGAGGAUGAUAGACUCUGCAAUGUGGAUGACGCUCUUUUGGAUAGCGUCGACGAUGACACGGCUUCCAUUGCUUCCAUGUCGGAUUACUCCAUCUCCGAGUCUGAUUCCGAGAUCGAGACUCGUAGGAAGAAUGCCCCUUUGCCUAGACCUCCUAGUUUGAAUGCUUUCGACAUUAUAUCUUUCUCACCAGGCUUUGAUCUCUCUGGCUUGUUCGAGGAGAAGGGGGAUGAGACCAGGUUUGUGACUGCUGCACCGGUUUCCAGGAUUAUUUCAAAGUUGGAGGAGAUUGCUCAGUUGGUUAGAUUCUCCGUGAGGAAGAAGGAUUGCAGGGUGAGCUUGGAGGGUACCCGAGAGGGUGUGAAGGGGCCCUUGACUAUUGCUGCUGAGAUAUUCGAGUUGACUCCUUCCUUGGUUGUGGUGGAGGUGAAGAAAAAGGGAGGGGACAGAGCUGAGUAUGAGAGGUUUUGCAACGAGGAGUUGAAGCCCGGCCUGCAGAAUUUGAUGGCGGAGGACAGUGCUACUUCUUCCGCUUUGUCUACACCUACUCAGCCUUCCCUACUCCGUGGCCUUUCUGAGCCUGUGCCGGAUAUUUCUGAUAUUCAAACCCCACGAUAUAUACCUUCUGAAGAUUGAAGAGUGGGAUGGGAUAGACUUUAAAAAUAAAAAAAUAAAAAAAAGGUAAAUCACUAAAUCGUGUCUUUCUCUCUAUCUCUCUCACCCUUUCUUUCUCUUUUGUUUUUAUUAGAUUGUGCAUGGAAAUUGGUAAAAAAUUUUCCCCACAGGAUAGGAUUCUAUUGUCCUGUUUUAGUUUUGCUUCUUCAAUGGAGCAUUAGGUGCCUACUGUAUUUGUUUGUCUAAUGGCUAUACGAAAAAAGGCUAAUUUAAAUAUAGUCAAUGAGUAUGUAUUUAUUUCUACU